UCUAAUAUUUCACGAACCAGCUGGGCUCGUAAACCCCUUGUAUUACAUUUGUGGUACUAAAAUCUUAAACCCUUGUGAACUCUGAAGAUCGGAAUCAACUACACUUCUUCGGUCCUCAUUCUACUGAUUCCCGUUAACAAUGUCGGAAGUGAAUCUUGUUUUGAUACUGCGCUUUUGAUCUUCCCCUCUAUUUGUUGGAUUGAUUGAGGUUAUUUUGUCUUCCACAUUUGCUAUGGCUUGCAGACGUAUGUUAACAAAACAAGGCACUAUCUUAAGGAGAUGGUAUCACCCGUCAUUAAGCCACAUUUUUCAUCGUGGUGAUGAAAGUGACGAGAACUUCAAACCAUGUCCAAGUCAACCUGGAGGAAUUAGGAAUAGUGUGUCAGAGACUCCUUAUGGAAACAGCAUAGGUGGUAAUAGGCGAUUUGGAGCACUUUGUGGGCAGAGUAAAUGUCUACCUGCCUUCUUUCUCCCACCGGCGGUUGGGGUUGGAACGUCAUUUUCUAGACAUAUGUCAAGCGCAACUGGGGAAGGCUCUGAAAAUUUUGAUCGUAUUGGCGACAUUGCUGACAUUUUAAGUGAUGGGACUGUGGAAGUAGUGUCCUUACAAGCUCCUGCCAUUAAUGAGGUGGCUGUUGCAGCAGCCGAUUCCGCCUUACCAGUUGCUGCACUGCAACACUUGAUUGAUGGUGUGCAUUCAUUUACUGGGUUGAAUUGGUGGGCAGCUAUUGCUUUGACAACUAUUAUGAUUCGAGGAGCAACCUUGCCCUUUGUCAUAAAUCAGCUCAAAGCUAAUUACAGACUUAACCUAAUAAGCCCACGUUUGGAGGAGAUAAAACAGAGGGUGCAAGCCUCGGGUAUGGAUCCCAUUGCUGUUGCUGUAGGCCAAAAGGAAAUAAAUGCUUUACUUAAACAAUAUGGAGUUAGCCCAUUUACUCCUUUGAAAGGACUUCUAAUUCAAGGUCCUAUCUUUAUCAGCUUUUUCCUUGCAAUCUCAAACAUGGUUGAAAAGGUUCCAUCAUUAAAAAGUGGUGGAGCGCUCUGGUUCACGGAUCUCACUACUCCAGAUAGUUUGUUUAUUGGUCCAAUUUUGGCAUCACUAUCAUUCUUGGUCCUUGUAGAGUACAACAUGCAAGAAGGCUUUGAAGGUAAUCCUAAAACUGGUAACGUGAAGAAUGUCUCAAGGAUCUUUGCUUUUCUUGCAGUGCCAUUUACAAUGGGUUUUCCUACGGCACUCUUUUGUUAUUGGAUAACCUCCAACCUGUUUACGAUGUCAUAUGGAUUAGCUAUUAAGCACCCAGAAGUGAGCAAGUUCUUGGAUCUUACUAGACCACCCGUAUUUCCACCUAGUACGUCCACAUCACAGUCCCGGCCAGACACAUCAUCAGUUUCAACAUUCCAACAACAAAAUCCCUCAGAAGAAACUAAGCAAACCUCUGACAGAAGGACACACGCAAUUAUGAAACAAAGGAUCAGAUAUCUAGAAAAACAACUAAAGGGAAACAAGGGAAUGAAGAAAAAGUAGCAGCUGUAAACUCGACUCAGUAAUGUUACAUGAACCUCCAUUGUUUUUAUUGUCAGGUUUUCCAUUCUAUCAAAGAAUUCUAGUUGAAUAUCUUUGUAAGUGGAGCUUACAACACGAUAUUGUUGUCGAAGCCCUUGUUCUAAUUCCAUAUCAAGAACAUGUAAAACAGGCUAAAUCCCUUGAUCCUUGACUUCUAAUGAUAUAAUCCCUUUUUCUUA